ACCCAAUCAGAGGCGAGUUCUCUCUGCUUCGUAUUGCUCGUGUCGACGGUGUCUUUUUUUUCCCUUUUUCAACGGCAAAAGGCUUCUCGACUUCUCUAUAAAAGUUCCGCCGGGAUAAGCAGCGAAACAUCGAGUUAUUCUCUCAUUUAAUGCCAGCAUGUUGUCAAUAUCACUGCUGUGAUGUGGUGCGGCUAAAAACCCAGGUGGAAAAAACGGGGAAAUUCUCUUGAGGACAACCGCGGUGUGUGUCGGGCGUUUUUUUUUAUUGUUUUUUUUUUAUAUCAAGGUCCUUGUCCGUUUCCUCUUCGAAUUUUCGGCAGUUUUACGGACGUUGGUUGUAGUCAUGGCUAGGCGACGUGGCUAACUGUGGUCGGCGGCAGGUUUGGGCCCUGCAGUCGGAGAACGCGCCAUGACGGCUGUGGAGGAGUGAGGAAGAAUCCCAGCCUGCAGCUUCUUCAGCUUCACUUCCACUCAUCUCUGUUGAUCUAAUUAUGUCUAAAUGACUCCGGUUAAAUUUUAAGACGUGGAUUCUCUCAUAUCAGAAUCCAUCUACGCCCCCCAAGUUUUAUUUUAUGUGCUCUUGAGUUCCAAAAAACAUCCCCAACAGCCAUGCGAGGCAGAACCAACAUGCUGCUGGGCUGCUUGCUCGUCUGCUCCGCCUCCCUGCUCUACCUGGGCAUGAACACUAUAGACUGCCCUCGGAAAAGCCACCGCUACCACUGGAUGGAGCUCAACAUGGCCUCGGGCAAUCAGAGUCUGCCACACUUCCCCGAAGAAACGCCCCUCAUCUUCAUCGGGGGUUUUCCUCGGAGCGGCACCACGCUGAUGCGCGUGAUGCUGGAUGCACACAGCGCUGUUCGGUGCGGAGAGGAGACCAGGGUGAUCCCUCGCCUCCUGGCUAUGAGGGCCACCUGGAGUCGCUCCGUCAGGGAGAGAAUACGCUUGGACGAGGCUGGCGUCACUGACCAGGUGUUGGACGCAGCGGUGCGAGCCUUUCUGUUGGAGGUGAUAGUCGGCCAUGGAGAGCCUGCACCUCGUCUUUGCAACAAGGACCCAUUUGCGUUGAAGUCCCUGUCUUAUUUGGCGCGCAUCUUUCCCAAAGCCAAGUUUGUCCUCAUGUUGAGAGACGGACGGGCAACCGUCCACUCCAUGAUAUCUCGCAAAGUGACCAUCUCGGGGUUCGACCUCAGCAGCUACAGAGACUGUCUGACCAAGUGGAGCAGCGCAGUGGAGGCCAUGUUCAACCAGUGCCAGGCGGUGGGGGAAGCACGAUGUUUACCUGUCCGAUAUGAGCAGCUGGUUCUCCACCCAGAGCAGCAAAUGAGGGACUUGCUUCAUUUCCUGGAGCUGCAGUGGGACGCCUCUGUGCUGCACCACGAAGAGCUGAUUGGGAAAGCUGGUGGCGUUUCGCUGUCCAGGGUUGAACGCUCCACAGACCAGGUGGUGAAACCAGUGAACACUGAGGCCCUCUCUAAGUGGGUGGGAAACAUUCCCAGCAAUGUGAUCGAUGACAUGGCUGAAAUCGCCCCGAUGCUCGCUCGCCUGGGCUACAAUCCGCACGCCAACCCUCCUGAUUACACAAAAGCGGAUCCCAUCUCGUCUCCUUUUAACCACUUACAGAGAGAGAAAACGGCAGCAGACUCUCCUGAUCCCAGUUAAAGGUGACAGCUCUCUGCCGCCUUACAGAUGCAACUUGAACACAGACUUUUAUUCCAGCCGUUGUCUCGCCUCACAAGGAGUUGGAAUGGAAUUUCAGUUACGUUGAGAUUACAUUAAAUUCUUCUCAAGACUUGUUUACAGUU